GCUUCAACGGCGAGUUCCCUUCUGGGAUAUGUAGUUUCAGAGGCCUGUAGCCACCGUAAGUUUCUAUUCAGUUCCGUGGAGCUAAAAAACUUCAUCUCCCAGCGUAUGAGGGAACAACGGCACAGAAAACGAUAGGCCGCAGCUGGAAUUGAGUAUGGUAGUGCGGAGCGGAUAUACCGAGGUGUGCUGGUGUUGUUCGCAAGGGGAGAAGUUGAUGCGUGUGCCAGGACGGAGUUGAAAUCACAGGGACCAAGGCUAGUAUGGAAGAUUCUGAAGGGGACCUUUCCAUUCAGAGAGAAGCCAUCCUGUCUCAAUUAUAUCCUAAUCAGAUCACUGCAAAGAAUCUGGUACAAGAUCUGAGAACCUUGGUGGCUUUAACUGACCCAGAGGAUGGAAUACUGGUUCAGACUCCAGAUGGCUUUAAGCUCCCUGGACAGCUGGAAAACUUAAUUGGCUGCAGCAACGCCUAAGCCAAAUUAGUAGAACCAAGUAACUUCCCAAAGAUGGGAGAUGAAGGUGCAGGUGAACCCUUCAUGGGUGUCGUGGCUGGCGGGGCCGGAGAUUACGAGGGUGUCCUUCCUUCAGACACAAUUUCCCUGAGCGAUUCAGAUUCAGAUGACUUUGGGUUUACAGGCGAUGCUGAAGAUGAUACUGCAUGUCCUGAGGAAUCCCUUCCCUUAGAUGAUACGGGUGGUAGAUCAGACGAAAGUGGUGACCCUUUACACGGUAACCGAAAAUCACCUGUCCAGCCAUUUCAUCUGAAAGGCAUGAGUUCAACCUUUACCCAGCGCAGCCAGAGCAUUUUUGACUGUCUGGAAGGGGCAGCCAAACGGGCAGUGCCCUCAAUUGCAGAAGAUAAUGUAAUUGAUGGAAGUUUUAAGCGCCCUCUGCCUCCACCCACUAUUUUAAACAAGAUGCCUGCAGAAAACCUUGGAAGACCAAGCAAACCACCAACAGCUCGCAAAAGUUCCCCAGCAGUUCCUGAUUACAUUACACACCCAGAACGCUGGACCAAGUACAACUUGGAUGAUAUUUCAGAGUCUAGUGAUAAGACCAACAGGUCAGUUGCUAUGGAGUUCCUGAAGGGCUUGGAGAAGAGUAGAGAGGAAAAAAGCUCAACCAAACCUGAAAGCUACACCCUAUCUUUCAACCAGGAUCCUUCCAGCUCUGGUGCUGGCAGGAUUAUCUUUACUAAACCCACAAAGGCAAGCUUAGACAGGAAAAGGCCUUGUGCAAAGGAAGAUGAAGAGACCGAGCUUACUGAUGCAAACCAGGAGGCCAAAGAGAGCCCGCCAAAGAAGUCUAAGACCCAGAAUGAGGAGGAGGGUAUACUAGAUCCCUUAAAGGAAGUGGAAGGUUGGAAGCAGCUGAAAUUGGAGGCGUUAGAUGUUCAGCGAGGAUCUGACAUAGAUUCUUCUGAGAAAGAUGAAGAGACAGUAGUGGAGACCAUGGGCUUCCGUGGUAGUAAGAAAAGGAAUAGGAAGCAUUUCCGACUCAAAGCCAGCCCAUGAUGAAGAUGAGGAAGAGUCCUAAAUCUGGAUAAAUUAUUCUUGUGUUUUCUAAGAAGAGUUUCCCUAAAAAUAUUUUCUCCAUUGUUUGACAAGUUUGCAUGAGUUUUGGCAAUUUGUUUCUUUUGCUUAGCAUGCUUGGAGCUGAGACUUAGAGAUAUUUUAGCGUUCCACUUACCAUCUUCAAAAAGUCUCUGCAGAAUUGAAACUAGACAAAUUUUGAUUUAGGGUCAUACAGAAAUGCCUACAAAGAUUUUGCCUGUGAGAGAUCAUCUCCGUUUUUGUCUUUUGUUUUUCAGUUGUGGAACAAAUCUUAUAACUGCAUAACCCACCAGAUCUUGAUGAGCUACAGUUUUGCUCAGCUGUUCAUGCAAAAUCUUUUGACUGGUAUCCCAUCUCAGAAUACUGACAAAACAUGUUGUGUGGGUGAGGUCUAGGAUGUGUGCAUGCAUAUCGGCACCUUAUGGAACAAACGUUUAGCCCAUAACUUUGUGUCUCAUUGGAUUAUGAAAGAUGGUGACUGAUCUCAGCAUUGAAUAUCCACAGCCUCUUCCCUUGCAACUGUGAUGUUUCUGUGUACAUAUCCAAGAGCUGCUUCCUAAAGUAAAGUGACUUCAUAUCAGCUUGACCAGAUUUGUUUGGGAAUUAAGGGGCUUAAAAUGGAUUCUUUAACAAACUUACUAUGUGAUCCUUUUCAUAUUUCUUGGUGUCAAUAAAAUUUUGAAUUAC